CGCAUGCGCAUUCAAAUGAGAAAAAGGUCAGACGGUGUCGAUGUAAACAUCAACCCAAAGCAUGACCUCCGCUAGAUCGAGGGUUUUAUCAAUUUACAAAAAGCUCCAUCAGACAAGAAAGGUGGUUUUUAAUGAGGAUGAAACUGCUUUGAACAUUGUGCGUGCCAAAAUUAAUGAUGAGUUCAAGAAGAACAAGACUGUCGAGGAUGAUUUAGAUAUUGAAAAGUUGAUAAAGGCUGCACAAGAAAUAGAGACAGAGCUGCGAACAAAGGUGGUACAGGCGAAGUAUGACCCAAAGUCUGGAAACUAUAAGGCAAAAGUAACUAAGGACACUGAAAUGACGGACACCAAGAACCGCCCGACUGUCCUACCCCGGAGCAACCGAAAAAACAGGAAGUGUGGGGAAGACCCUGAGAAAACUUGACCCCCAGUGACUGUAGCGCCAACUGUGUUACCUAAACAAUAAAAUGAGGCUGGGCACAAAAUCCUUUAAUAAUUUGGAAGGAUACGAUUCAUGGGUAAAGGUGUUGUAAAGAUGAAUGUGACAUACUUGUGGUACUGGUUGGAAAUAUAUUGGAAGAAUAAUGCAAGUUUAAAGUUUUGGUGAAUGAAUAUCUUAUUUGAGAUACAUAUUGGCAUACUUGUUGACAAUAUUUAGGAAGUAAUCGAACUGUAUACAGUCUAUUGUACAGGAAUAUUUAUGUAAUAUGCAGUGUUCAUUAAUACCCCUGUUUGUUGCAUUGGAAAAUUUAUUAACUGCAUUAAUUAGAUGUCUAAAAAUCAUAUAAAUUGUAUUCAAAUUAUUGUUCUUAGAUAUCUGAAAUAAGAAACUUAAAAUCUAA